AUGUCGAUGACGUCAUCCCCGCAUGACGACGUCUCUGUGUUUGUUUUCGCCUCAAUCAUCGAGGCGUGCACGAAGUAUGUUUGGAUGUUCGUGGUGACAUUCGGAGUGCCGGGGAAUCUCAUCGCCAUUGUGAUAUCUCUACAGAAAUUCAACAGGAAUAGUGCAGCCUGUCUUUACAUUGCGGCAAUGGCUCUGGCCGACUUUCUAGUCCUUGUUGCCAAUGCUUCUUGCAGUAUUAUCCUCUUCUGGGUCGUAAAAGAGAGCACCGGGGAACUCCCCUUGCAGAUAUGUUGGUAUUCGACGUACACUUUCGGCACGAUCUCCGGCUUGACCCUGGCUCAGAUGUCGAUCGACCGUAUCAUCGCCACCCGCUUCCCCCUUCAUGCAGUGCGGCUAUGUACCACAGGCAGGGCCAAGAGGACAACAGCUAUCACCUACAUAGUGGUCAUCGCAGUUAAUAUUCAUGUGUUCUUUGUUUAUGAGAAGGAAGGUAAGACAAAACUACGGGAUCCGUAUGCAUCUACACAGGUUCGAUUCUGA